AGCCGCUGGGAAGCUUCGAGCUAAGGCUUCCAGCUGCAGCGGUUUCUCUCCCCCUUCCGAGGGGGCCGCUGGCGCCGCCACCCGCCAACGACUUUUCUCGUUUGUCUUGGGGGAAAGCAGCUGUUGCUCUUGAAGAUGGCGAGCUGCCGCCGCCUCCUCCGCUGGCUUAUCGUCACCCAGUUGGGGUCCCUUUGCUAUUAUGAAACAUAUGGAAUCACUGUGCAGUCAGACAACGAACAUGUUACAGCAAGAGAAUUUGAAGGGGCAUUUCUGAGUUGUAAACACAAUGUAAGGAAGGAAACUGAUAUAAGGGUAGAAUGGAAAAAGGUUAAAGACUCUGUUAUCUCAUUUGUCUACUUCAAUGGUGUUUUUGAAGGUCAUUUUAAAGAUCGAGCUGAAAUAUUGCACUCAAGUAUUCAAAUUAAAAAUGUGACUAGAAAGGAUUCUGGAAAGUAUCGUUGUGAAAUUAGUGCACCUGCAGAAAAAGGACAAGAAGCAGGGGAAGUUGAAGUCUCUCUCUUAGUAUUGGUGCCAUCAGCUGCUCCUGUUUGUGAAGUGCCUAUUUCAGCUCUGAGUGGGACAGUAGUGGAAUUACGAUGCAAAGAAAAUGAAGGUGUGCCAGCUUCAAAAUACAGAUGGUAUCGGAAUGGUGCUAUUUUGCUUGAGAAUCCAGUUUCUGGGAAGUUUAAAAAAGCGAAAGUUCCUUAUACUUUGAAUACUACAACUGGAACCUUGCUGUUCAAUCCCGUUUCAAAGAAUGACACUGGGGAAUAUUACUGUGAAGCUGACAAUAGAGUUGGACGGCCUCAAAAAUGUCCUGUGAAGAGGAUGCAAGUUGAUGACCUUAAUGUAAGUGCUAUCAUAGCUUCAGUGAUCAUUGUGGCCUUAAUAAUGGCUUCCUGUGGUCUUGGGGUAUAUUAUGCACAAAAGAAGGGUUAUUUUUCAAAAAGAAAUUCUUCAGUGAGGAACAAGAGUUCCAAGUACAAAGCUACAGAAAGUGAAAAAGAUUUCAAGCACACCAAGUCCUUUGUUAUUUAAAAGAAAGUUGAUUUCUGAGGAUCAGCAUUUGCUGAAGAAAAUAUCAGAGAUGUUUGAACUCUAUUCUAUAAAAAGAAUGUUACGUGCAAGAAAAACUGGUGGCAGAUUCAAGAUUCUAUUGUAAAAAGGUGGUAAAACGCUGUCAAAAAUGUUACUCUGGUGUUGCUUUCUAAAAAAAGGAAUAGCAAUAAUUGGCAGAAUAUAAAGGUUUUAUUGCUGUUUAACAUGCCCACGUAAAGAAAUAGUGAGCUAAUGGUAUAGUUCUGGUUAUUACAUCUCAAAAAGGGUACUAUUGAGUAGGAAAAUGUGUGGAAAAGAGCAAACAAAUUUAUUAAGGGGUUGAGGCAUUUCCUAAAUAGGAGCAGACAACAGUGUUUGAGGCUUGUGGAACUGAAAAAUAGGAAGUCACUGGGACUACAACCAAGCUUUAUAAAAUUAUGUUUUAUGCUUUAUAAAAUCUAUGAAGAAGUGGGUAGAUUGGUGUUUCCUCACUGACAGCAUUAGCCACCAUUGUCUUUUGGUGAGAUGGGGGAAGGAAAUAUCCCAGACAAAAAGUAGUAUUCACAUUAUUAAUUUAUGGAAUUUUUGCUAAUUGAUAUGUGACUAUUGGCUUGGAUGGCAUGAAAUGAAAAUUGAACAAAUUCAUUUAGAACAGAACUACAGAUGGCUACUACUUAUGAUGGGUAAAUACUAUUUCCCAUUUUUUACAUAGAGUAUUAGUUUGUGGAGACAAACUAUAGGAGAAAGCUACUGCCUUUAAAUCCUCCAUGUGGGGCUGCUGGAAACAUUAAGCACUAGGAGCAGAAUACUGCAUUACAUAGCACUUUGGCCUGAUUAAGGCGGCUAAUUAUAAAGCCACUUUUCGGAAAAGAACUCUGUGACUGAAGUAGCCUUAAACAAUUUCCAUUUUACUCCAAGACAGAGUUUGGGGUUUGGGCAUUCAGGGAGGACUUAUUCUUUGCUCUUUCCCUGGAGGUCAAGACAGCUAAAACUGCUGCUAUCAUUGCUAAGGAAGGAAAAUAACUGCAAUCCGUCUGGUCUCAGAUGAUUACAUGAAGCAGAAAUAUUUCUAACAUCGAUUUGAAAAUUACUAUUGAUCUGCAUCAUGUAUUUGACUUUUGGGGUGAACAUGUUUUGUUAUUGUUGUUAUAGGGCUAAGAUCCAGACAACAGCAGUUAUCAAGUGCAGAGUAAGGUAGUGGUAAAAGAAUAUUGCUCCUACUUAGUCUGUAAACUUUAUUCAAAUAUAUGUGUAAGCUACUGCAGAGAACUGAACUGAGCUGGGCAACCUCUCAGUGGCAAAGGACUGCACUUUUUUUUUUUUUUUUUAUUUGCAUGGCAAGUGGAUGGAACUUUCAACUUUUAUUUAGGGUGGGGACUGGUGUAUUGAAAUAAAUGAAGCCUAAAUAAAGGUUCCACCAAAACACAGAAAACAGAUUGUCGUACAAUCCAAUGGUAUGACUUUGGGGGUGCUAAAAAGAUAUGGGUUACAUGAGGAUAAAGGCUGCUUCUCAACUCAAAUGACAAAAAGAUACAAGUCCACUCAGCAACGGGCUUUCUAAGUUAGGGUUUUUCUUGCAGUAAGAUGGAGUCAAAAAACAUUAUUUAAAAGCAUUUGCUUAAGUAUUUAAAGUACUUUUUAAGUGCUUUGAUGGCUUCCAACUUUAUAUUCAAUAUUGAAACUAUAGUAUAUGGUUCCUUACCACCAUUCAUAUUUUUAUUUUAUUAUUUAAAAGUCUAUGAAGACUGUUUAUAUAUUUUUGCUUCAGAAGAAAAACUUCAAGAAAGUGUUGUUGGUUUUUAAAAAUAUAUAUAUAAAUAAUGUUUUUGACAUGUUACUCAGGUGUUUCUAUCUUCAAUUGUUAAACAAUGCAAUAUAUUUUACAACAUGUUUUGCGCAUUUCCCAGAGUCUUUAAUUUAAAAUCAAAAUAAAGGCACCUAAGAAAGCAGA